AGGAGGAAGAGUUUGGACGCACUGCGGAGGGGAGCUCAGCCAUGGGGAACGCGCAGGAUAAACCCCCCGGUAGCAGCGGAGGAGGAGCGACCCCCAGGCGGGGACAGGAGAACCUGCAGGCUCCCAGAGCUGCUGGAAAGGAGGUGGCAAACGGCGCACCGAGAGAAAAACGCCGAGAAGGAGAGGCAGAGGAGCAGAAGCAGCAGUCGGAAAGCUCAGGAGGGGAUAGGAGUUACCUUGAUGCUCCGGCUGGAGCUUUACCUCCUCACCUGGCCCGGCUGAAGAAUGAAGGAAACCACCUCUUUAAAAAUGGCCAGUUUGGAGACGCGAUAGAGAAGUACUCCCUGGCUAUAGAUGGAUGUUAUGAGGCAGGCAUUGACAGCCCAGAAGAUCUGAGUAUCAUCUACUCCAACAGAGCUGCUUGUUACCUGAAGGAUGGAAAUAGCAGAGACUGCAUACAAGACUGCGACAAGGCUUUAGAGCUGCAGCCUUUCUCCUUAAAGCCCUUGUUGCGCAGAGCCCUAGCCAAUGAGUCACUGGAACGCUACAGGAAGGCCUACGUGGAUUACAAGAUGGUACUGCAGAUCGACAACGGGGUGCAGGCAGCUCAUGAUAGCAUCCACAGAAUUACCAAGGCGCUUAUUGAGCAGGACGGGCCUGAAUGGAGAGACAAGCUGCCGGAGAUCCCUGUUGUGCCUCUGUCCGUCCAGCAGCAGCACAGAGAGAAACCAGUCAGCAUUGAGCUGGCCCAGGCGCGAGCCGCCAGGGCUGUACAGGAGGAAGCUAGAAGAAAAGAGGCUUCCUUCACUUUACUCAAACAUGAAGGCAACAGUUUGGUGAAGAAGGGACAUUUCCAGGAGGCCCUGGAGAAGUACAGUGAAUGUCUCUCCAUAAAACCUGAUGAAUGUACCGUUUACACAAACAGAGCAAUUUGUUUCCUUAAACUAAAUCGGUAUGAAGAGGCCAAACAGGACUGUGACUCUGCACUGCAGAUGGAUCCAGCCAACAAGAAAGCCUUCUACAGACGGGCGCUGGCUUUUAAGGGACUGCAGGAUUACCUGUCAGCCAGCGGCGACCUCCAGGAGGUCCUCCAGCUGGACCCCAAAGUCCACGAGGCUGAGCAGGAGCUUGAAGAGGUGACGUGUCUACUGAGGCAAAGCUUGAUAGACAAGACUGAACACACAUGAGGCUUAAACUCAGAACAAAUGUUCAGUGGCACCAACACAGCUCCACACAUUUAGGGAAGGCUGUAUGAAAUGGAUUGAAAAAAUUGCACACAAGUUUUUACAAGAAAUCAAAAAAGUUAUGAAAAAAAUCUGAUCAACCCCUGCAGACAUGGUGACACUUCAUUGUGCACAGGUGGAGACUGCACAAUGGCAUGCUAGAAGUUGGGGUCUUCAGGUAUAUUUAAGUUUUUUCUGUAUUGAUCAGAGCAAAAAGAGAAUAACUUUUCAACUGAAAAGAAGUUAACACAUAUAUUUCCAACUAUUUCAAUAAAAAUAAGCAGUAUAUAUUUUUUUCUUAUUUUAAAAGGUACAAAGAGAAUCAACAUGUAUCAUUGUUGCAACAUUUUUACCACAUUCUGAUGUUAUCUUGUUAGUGCUUGUUUUAAAUCUACAGUUCAAAUCCGACAUGUCCUGUAAAUCAGCUUCAUAAAAAAACAGGGACAUGUACCUCUUGUUUUUUCAAAUCAGAUCUUGUUGAUUUUGCAAAGUAUGGUUGACUGUUGUGAAUAUUAAUAUGUGCCUAAGCUUGAACUUUCAGGCAGAAAGACAAAACACAUAGAAGCACUAUUCCAGGUGUUAUUUAUUUAAUGAAAGACGAGGGUUAAAGAUAGUAGCUCCUUAAGUUCAGUCGUAUAAGAGAGAAACACACCUAAGCAGAUGAGAGGUAAUUCUCCCAGUUUUUGAGUGUAUAGAAUUAAUACUACAGAAUUAUUCACAAUAGAGGUUAUUUCAGUUGCUUUGGGUGAAGAGUGGCGAGGGUAAAGGCAGAAAGGUUUAUUAGAAGGAGAACAUAAAGUUGUUGGCAGCAGCAGUAAAUCUGGUACCCAUUUUAAGGAAAAUGUCACACCUUAAAAAAAAAAAGUACAGCAUGUCUUCCAGCAUCUUAAGAAGAUAGCAGCAUAGCUACAGAGAUAGCUGAGGAUACCCUAAGCCACUGUACCUUAUAAGCUUUACUGAAAAGGAAACUUUUAAGCCUACUUUUGGUCCUCAUGGACUAAAACUGGAAGUUGGUUCACGUGAGAUGAACCUAAAAAUUAAAAGAUCUGCCUCCAAAUCAACUUUAAAGAAAUAUAAACCACUAGCCCGGUGAGGAGGAGCUCACUCAGAACUUAUCGAGUAAUCAAACCUCUGACCUACAAUGGAGCUUGUCCAUUUAGAGCUUUAAGUAGGAUCCCACAGAUAAUAUUUUGGCUGGCCAUUGACAGCCAUUUGCAAUACCUGAAUAUUUGGCCCAGCUGUUUUUAUGCCUCACUGUAGAAGCCCUUUUCCAGUUAUCAGUGGACUAAAAAGGGAGAAUGACCGCCAGUUACUCUGAAGCGCAAUGAAUAACCAGCUUCUCAGCAUUACAUGUCUUGUGUAAUGCACAACUGCUCUGCACACCGCUUACAAAACAGGAUGCUUAAUUUGAAAAAGCUAACGUCAAGGUAUGUGUAAUCUGCCUGCAGUAUUUAUCAUUACCAUUGUGACGUAAACUAUUGCACAGUUACAUGUGAAAGACAUUAAAUUUCUGUUAUGUGUGGAUUAAAGGAGGAAGGACAGAGUGGACAAUGUGUGCCUUACUGAAAUUUCUAACACACUUAGGAUAAAAUACAAAAAGAUUAAAGCAUUUUAGUUUGAGAGAUGUUUAUUUCAUUGAGCUGGAAAUAAUGGAGUGAAACUAAUCAGAUAUAUUUUAUACUGGUGUAGAUUGUAACACACUGAGAAGAAAGAGAUGAGUAGUGUUUUAUU